CAUCACUGAGCACACACAUUGUAAUCUACUGAUUGAUUAGUUAGUUUUUGUACAAUAUUUAAAGCAGCUUUCUUCAAAAAUGGAAAUGAUGCAAGGUGCCUCAUUAUUGUCGCGACCCGCGGAGGAAUUCGGCAAUGAUGAGCUGGUUGAAGAAAUGUGGGCUUUAAAGGCAAUGGAUCACGCUGAAGUAUAUUUCAAUCUACUCACAAGCGUGCACCCUUCAUGCCUGCACCUGACCCCAUAUGAUGAUCAAAUAUACCAAGCAUUUCGAGAAGAUUUUCCUGAUCUAAAAUUAGAACUGAUAACGGAUGAUACGCUGAAAUCAGAAGAUGCUAAAAUUCGUUGGCGCACGUUUGCGGAAAAAUUCAAUAAAUUAGAUGAUUACGCUUAUGGUACAUUAAUACGGUCCGAUUCAUCCAAAGAAUUUUCACCCGAAAAUUCACUACUUGUUGUACGUAUACAGUUUUUAGCAAUCGAAAUUGCACGUAAUCGCGAGGGACUAAAUGAUGAAGUACAUCGUAAAUUUCGACCUCCACCACGAACCACAGUUGCGGAAGAAUUGGUGCCGGGCGAAGUGCAAGAAACGUAGAUUUUAGGAAAAUAGAAAUAUAACUAAUCAAUGGCAUAGAUAUAUAAUAAUAUAUAUAUUUUAUAUUUUCAUAAGUGGGAAAAAUAUACAAAACAAACAAUACAAAA